AUGCAACAUUCUAAUCAUGAUGAUAUUCAUGAACAUAAUGAGAAUGUCAAUUCGAUAUCAUCAAGUCAUCUAGUUAAUCAUGGAAAUGAUGGAUUAUUUCUUAGUUAUACCUAUUUAGGUAUAUAUCUAUUAUGUUUAGGAAUUUGGUGGUGGAUUCAAGCAUUAAGACAACAUUAUUCUACAACCAAACACAAGCAUCAUAAUGAACAAUCUACUACAACUGUAUCCAUUGGAUCACGGAGUUGUUGUAAACAUAGUAGAGGAGAAGGUUUAUGUAAAGUAAUUUGUUGUCUGAUUGGUAUUGGUGUAGAAUUGAUCACAUUGAAAUUAGGUCGUCAUUAUGAAUAUGCUCAAUUUCCAUUUUAUACAGCAAUGUUGCUAGUUGGUUUAUUGGAUAUAUUCAUGUCGACAACAAUCAUUGUAUUACCGAAAGGAUUUGAUUCUAUGAUAUAUGCAUUACCAUUCUUUGUACAUACUUAUUGUUUACGUGCUCAAUCCUAUCAACAACCACAUAUUACAGAAACCUGUUGUUUAUUGAUUAGUUAUUGGGGAUUGAUAGUUGGUUGCUCGAUGAUACAUGAAAUGAUGAUGUUGACAUCAAUGAAGGCAGUUGAAGUUGGGGUUGGGAAUGGGAUGUUUAACAACUCCUUAUUAUGGACAUGGAUCAAAUGUUUCAGUGUGAUGAUACAUGGAUCAUGGAUAUGUCAAAGUGGAUUUUUAUUAAAUUCUCCAUUCAAUCAAGCAUGGGAUGAAAGUGAUCAUGAUAAAGUGAUGUUAACUGUUGUGAUAUUUGUAUGGCAUAUGUUUAUUGUGAUGAUUGGACAAUUAUUAUUAUUAAUAGUCAUGGCUAAAUGUUAUGGUGUUUCAUCGGAUUGGACUGAGAUGACGAACUUGUCGAUUAGGAGGACACCAUCAUUAUAUAAAUAUGAUAGAGAAUCAUUGAAUAAAUCUAAUUCCAUCAAUCAAUAUGAUAAUAUUGAAUACACACAAUUACUGAAUACAGAUUAUAUUGAAUAG